CGCGCCUCAGGAUAGCCCACACUAUGGAUCCACUGGCAAAGCAGAUCUUUAAAGGAGUUUUAGUAGCUGAACUUGUGGGCAUUUUUGGAGCAUAUUUUUUGUUCAGAAAGAUGAAUACAAGCCAAGAGUUCAGGCAAACAAUGAGCAAGAAAUUCCCCUUCAUCUUGGAAGUUUAUUGCAAGUCCACUGAACACUAUGGAAUGUAUGGAAUCAGAGAGAAAGAUCAAGAAAAGUGGCUGAACAGCAAAAAUUAG